AUGGCUGAAUUAUGUGAAAAUGAAGAUCAGAAACCAAAAGGUCCAUCCCUAGGAUUGCGAUGCCUUCUGGCUUUUUCCUUUAAAACCAACAUGGGAAAAAUUUUCACAGUGGGUAAAGGAGAUGGUAUAAGAGCUAUUCAUGGACUUAAAUUCCUUAGUAUGGCCCUCAUUAUCUUCCAACACACAUCUUCCUUUGCUACAACAAACCUUUUCUAUGUGAAUCCUGGGUUUACGGAAGAAACACCUAAAGAUUUCCUAUCCCAGAUCUUCGUAAAUGGAACAUUUGCAGUGGAUACCUUCUAUUUGAUAAGUGGUGUUUUAGUUGCUUUUGUUACCUUGAAAGGAUUGGAAAAAACAAAUGGAAAAUUACCUCUUCUGUACUUUUAUUUCCAUAGAUAUUUCAGAUUAACACCUCUAUUUAUGGCUGUGAUUAUGUUUUGUGCCUACCAUCUUCAGAAUGUGAGCUCUGGGCCAAAUUGGUUGCACUCUAUUGAAAUGUAUGAUUCUUGGUGUAGACAAAAUGGCUGAUUAAUGAUCUAUAUUUUCACAAUUUCAUCAAAACAGAGAAUAUGUGCUUAAGUCAUACCUGGUAUUUAGCAAUUGAUAUGAAAAUGUACUUGGUCACACCUUUGAUAUUAAUACCUUUGUAUAGGAGUGUUAAAUAUGGUUUUAUAUCUA